AGAAGCAGACGGACGAUGAAGUCUAUGCGCCAGGCUUGGAUAUUGAAAGCAGCCUGAAGCAGCUGGCCGAGCGCCGUACCGACAUCUUUGGCGUGGAGGAGACGGCUAUCGGCAAGAAGAUCGGGGAGGAGGAGAUCCAGAAGCCAGAAGAAAAGGUGACCUGGGAUGGUCAUUCGGGCAGCAUGGCCCGCACCCAGCAGGCAGCCCAAGCCAACAUCACCCUGCAAGAGCAGAUUGAGGCGAUCCAUAAGGCCAAGGGGCUAGUGCCAGAGGACGACAGCAAGGAGAAGAUCGGCCCAAGCAAGCCCAACGAGAUGCCGCAACAGCCACCGCCUCCACCACCCUCCUCGGCCCCCAACAUGCCGACCAACGCCCCGCCAAUCGCGUCUGUGCCUCGCCCGCCUUCGAUGCCGCCCCCCGUCCGCACGACUGUGGUCAGCGCCGUCCCGGUCAUGCCCCGUCCCCCGAUGACUUCCGUCGUCCGCUUGCCGCCGGGGUCCGUGAUCGCCACGCCGAUGCCGCCCAUCAUCCACGCCCCCCGGAUCAAUGUUGUGCCGAUGCCGCCAACGGCUCCCCCCAUUAUGGCACCGCGCCCACCUCCCAUGAUCGUGCCGACAGGAUACAGACAGGGACCGGUCAGCGCACCAGGUAACUCCCUUAAGCGUUGUCAUUGUGUCCUAAAACGCGUCUAACCACUAACCUUCCGGUCAAGCUCUCGGGUUUGCAUGUGUCGAGAGUGGGGCCAUUGGGGAAAACACGGUUGUGGUCUGUGUAUAUGUUUGUUUGUCAAUAGUUUCUGACCUUUUCUGA